AUGGCAACCAAUUCAGAGAGACAGACAGGUGAAAAACUCACAGACAGCUUGUUAAUGGAUAUAUUGACCCCAGGAUAUCUACCUGAUGUAUCUGCAUUACAGGUGGCACCUGCUGCAUACCAAGGUAAGUACCUUUAGAGAGAGGUCAAUAAAUUAUUAUUCCAGAUUACUCGUGUAAUUUUAAAAAAGACUUUAUAACCCUUCACUUAUGAAUUUGUAUUGGAGGACAAAAUUUUAAGGCUGUUUUUUAAUUGGCAUUGGGAUUGAAAGGGGCUUUGUCAAGCUAUUUGCUAUCUUUUUAAAAAGCUAAAACUUUGUUUCCAGCUAUUGAAUUCCAAAAAAUAAUGAUGGUCCAGUUUUGUUAUUUAAGACUAUAAUGUAGGCGUUGAACCUGUUUCCAGUCAUCUGUUGCAACUGAUGGCAAGGAUGGACAUGAAUUAAAACUUGAAAAAGUUUUGGGCCAACUUUUUCAAGUUUUGAUGCCUUGCCUGUAGAAAGAGAAAAAAAAAAAAAAAAUAUAUAUUACAGAAAAAAAUAUUCUUCAUUACCAACAGUUUGUUGAACAAUUUGCAAUGAAAAAAUUGUAAUGGUUGGGGCCUCCUGAUGAAACUUGUUUGAUAUCCUCACCAUAUCUCUAAUGGAACAUUUUUGUGUAUGGGUAAGGGCACCGAGUAAUGACAUAUCGUAUUUUCUUGAUUAAAUACCGGUCACCAAUUAAACACUGGCCUCGCAAAAAUGCUGGGUCAAAACUGCUGAUUUUUAAAUAAUGAUGCCUGGGGUGUUCAAUCCGAGCUCUGACAAGGUUACAAGCACCAGUUACAAGUAAAUAUAAUCUCGUGAACAGCACUGCUAUGAAAUACAAAGUACACUAGUAUGUUGUUUUGGUAUUUUCAUAAAAUAAUGUUCUUAAAAGGAAGGAUACCGCUGUAACAUAACUAUGAUGGAUACUGCACAUCAAAAUGUGCAGUAGCAUAAGACUGUAACUUUGGGUAAUGAACGUACAGUUGUCAUCCUUGGAAAUCCUGGGGCAGAACAAAGGGUAAAAUCAUCCCACCUCACAAACUGCUCCUGGGUCUCUUAGGAUCAGUAAUAAUCAAAUCAACCUGAAAAAGUGACGGAGAAUUGCAUUUCAUUAGUAAACGCGAGACCCUGAUUAAACGCCCAGGUCGAGAAAAGGCUGGGUCAAAACUACCAAUAAUUAAACAAACGUCAGGGAUGUUUAAUCAAGAGAAUACGGUAAGCACAGAAUUGACCAAUGACAACAAUAUCCUCUUGACGUAUAAGCCUCUUGAAAGUGGAGGACGUAAUAAUCAGAAAUGUUUUAGAGUGUUUUGCUUGUUCAGUUAACAGUAAUGAGAAAUAAUAAGACAUUACAUAAUUUUUAUUCUUUGUAGGUCCUUACCUGGAAAUUCUUGAACAACCUAAACAGGUAACAAAAUAGAAUAAUGUAAUAUUUUUCUUCUACAUUUUUUCCAAGUGAGGUUUUGAUGUUAGUUGUUAAUGUGGUUCAAUUUAUUGUAUUUGGUUUGCGUUUUAUUUUCCUUUGUUUUCAUAGCCAACCAUACUUUUCAAUUUAUACAAUGGAAAUUAAAACUUAUCUGCAUGAAGGUUAGACUUGAACCACAGCUUAUGCAUGCCACUUUAAGUGUAAUAUUUUUUUCUUUGUUCUUUUAGAGAGGCUUUCGUUUCCGGUAUCCUUGUGAGGGCCCAUCUUAUGGAGGCUUACCAGGCCAAUAUUCUGAGAAGGGCAAGAAGUCAUAUCCCUCAGUCCAACUGAAUAACUAUCAUGGCCCUGCCCGUAUUGUUGUGUCAUUAGUAACAGUCAGUGAGCCUUACAUGCCACAUGCACACAGUCUAAUUGGAAUGAAUUCCAAUGAUGGGGUGGUGACAGUACAGAUUGGCCCAGAGCAUGGGAUGACAGCAAGGUAUUGUAACUUGGUCAUUGUAAUUAAGGUUAAGACAAACAUGCCAGAAAUAUGCCUUUGGAAAGAGUUUUUUGAAUGGCUGCCACACAGAAAUUCCUGUGUCUUUUUAUGGGAGGUCAGAGUUCUCAUUUAUGUUCAGUUUUAUACAAAUGUAGAUCUUUCAGAUGGACUGCAAGAGGUGCUAGCUAGUUUCUGGGUUGGGGGGAAUUAAGUUGCUUUUUGAGACUUCGUUUUGAGCAUUUUGAAAAACUUGGUUAUUUUUCAAACUUUUAAUCUUCAAAAGUAAUUUUUUUUAAACAGAAUACUUUAUUUUUCAAUUUUUAGAAUGGAAAUGUGGGAUGUUAAAAGAAAAAAAAGGAGAAAGAAAGUUGUAAAUCCAUAUUAUUUGCUAGGAUUGAUGCAUGAUGUUUGCAUCAUGAUCUUUCAAUAGUCAUUUACCAAGCUCAAGCUUUCUUUGGAUGUUUCUUAGAAACAGAUUAACUAAAGACUUCUUUCUUGUCAAUGUAUGUUAGAUAAUGGAUGUGUUUAUUACCUAGUGAAGAGAGCCUCGCUCUCUUGUGCCAUGAAUACUACUUUUUGGCCACAGAAAACAACUUAUAUUUUAAGCAACCCUCAAAGACAAAAGGGCCACACAAAGAGGAACAAUGCAUACCUUAAUCUCCUUCAAGAGAAAAAGGAUCUGAGAUCCACCCCUUGUAAUUAGAAGGAGUCCAUCAGUAGCUCGGUAAGUAGCCUGUGUAACAAAUGUUUCCAUGCAGUUUCAGAUCAAAGAACGAGGAACAAGAGUCAAAGACCGAGCGAAAAACCAGCUCUUGUAGGCAACUACCUCCCAUAAGCCAUCACCUAUUCAAAACACCAAGAUUUUUGCUGUCAAAGCCGUACAGUUGAAACCUUUCACAAAUGACCACCUUCUGUAACUGACCACAACCACUUUUGGGGCUGACUCUUAAAUUAUUUUCGUAAUAUUGUUUUUAACCUCCUGUAAGCUAUGUUCUUAUCUCUAUGUUUGCUCCACGUACUGUCUUACUUAAAGGAUACGAAUCUGAACUUUUAAUGACUGCAGGGAACUACACAAUCGUAUAGACCAUCAAGUGGGUGUGUCCAGACCUGACUUCUCAGGAGGGACCACCUGUUGUUCGAUUCUUGUAAAAAGAUUACCUAUCAUAAGCAACCACUUAGUUUUUGCAUUUUGGGUCGUCACUGGUCAGAGGUUCAUUUUUAGAAGAUUCUUUGACCAUCAAUAGCUUAUUACUGUGGUUAUUUAAUACAUAUGAUUGUUAAUAAUAUAUAUUUUUUUGAUGAUGAUGAUGAUAAUUUUUCAAUUUUAGUUUUCCAAACCUUGGUAUUCAACAUGUAACAAGGAAGAGUGUGUCUAAAGUGCUGAUGGAUCGAUACGUUAAACUUCAGACACUCCACACAGCAACCCUCAAUGCACUAACAGUGGACAGCAAGGGGUUUGAUGUGGAUGCAGCGAUGAGGGAUCAAGGUUUAGCUGAUGGUGAUCUGUCAGAAUUUAAUAAAAAUGUGGCUGAAGCAAUUGUGGGUGAGUUACAAAAAUUUAAAAAGAAUAAUUCUAAUGUACAGUUUACUUCAACAGCUGUACCCUUAACAGUCUGCUCAUGUAAAACAAUUUAAUUUAUUACACAAAUAGAAAAUUGAAGAAAAAUGCAAGUUUGUGAUAUUUUUUCACAAUCAUUUUUCAGUUGGCAUACAUACAUUUAUAACACUAGCAUUUUACUUCUAAUCAAAAUGUCCACUCUUCAGACCCGAGCCCUGAAGUUGAAGUUUUGAUGUUUUGUUUUUGGUCUUUUUUUAGUCAAUAUGGGUUUUGACAUCUAAAAUAAAUGUGACAAAUGUAUAUGUUACAGGUAAAAAUUAAAUCCAUGUUAAAAUUUUUAACAUAGGUUGAUUCUCAUCAAGUUCUUUUGUCUCCUAAGGCCAGGGGCCCGUUUCUCGAAAGUCCUGGUAACUUUUUGGGCCCGAAAUCAAAUAUUCAAAUCGAAAUAUAAAGAAUGAGAGUGCGGAUCCUGGCUAGCAGACUACUCCAUUUUGUUUCACUAACUGAUAGUUUUAUCAUGCUAGAUGCAAAACUAUUGAAACCUCGAUCUUUAAUGUAAACGGAGACAGCUUACCAGGCCCCUUAAUUAUCGGGACUUUCGAGAAUCGGGCCCCAGGAGUUUUAAAAUGGCUGUAUCUUGUUCAUCUUAAUUAGCCAAUUAACACUGAACAGUUCCUGUCAUUUUUAAAUCAGACAGUCAGUGGGUGCAGGAUAACGGAGUUCUAUUUAUCUGAUUUACAGAGGAGGAGUCUCGCAAAGUGCGACAGAUGGUGGAGGAGCAGAAGACUAACAUGAAUUUAAGCGCUGUGCGACUGUGCUUUCAAGCCUACCUUCCUGAUGAGACUGGCUGCUUCACUAAAGCAUUGCCACCUUGUAUCUCAGAUCCAGUUUAUGAUUCAAGUAAGAUGAUCGCAAACUUGGCUUAUUCAUACAUGGACACAAAUGCUUGCAAAUAUUAAUGAUACUUCUAUAUCCUAUUCGUCCGUUGAUGUUUGAAUUUAUAGUGUCAGCUCUUCUUGGGUGUUAUUUUAAAAAACCUUAGUGUUCAUAGAACUGGGUCAUUAUUAUGCCUCCUAUCUCCCCAUAUUCAGUUGGCAAUGGCUUCUUGCCACUUUCUCUUUGUUUCCGUAGUUACUAUUGUGGUGAGGUUUUAGCUGUAGUCAUAGGACAUGCAUUGUGCAGAUUGUCUGUUAUAUAACCCUUGGCUGUUUUUUCCCAAUCAGAAGCCCCAUCAGCCUCCAAUCUGAAGAUUUGUCGCAUGGAUCGCAACACUGGAUGUGUUUUAGGAAAUGAUAAGGUCUACUUACUUUGUGACAAGGUGCAGAAAGGUAUAUCAUUGUAAAAUUUCUGUACAUAUCAGAUGACAUUAGACAGAGUGAUUUCUAAACUGUCUUUCUACAUUUUGUCAAUAUUAAUUAGCAGCCGACUAUCAAAGCAUACAUGUAGGCAUGGUUUCUGAUGUCUGUGAGUUUGAGAGUUUGUUAUGGUGGGUGUGUAACACUGGUAUCCUGGAACCCAUGGUCUACACCAGACCAUGUUAUAUUAUUACUAUAUUCCCCAGGUUAACCAGUAAUAGUUGUUGUGAACUCUUUGACUCCAAAAUCCUCAUCACUCAUGUGUUUCUUAUGUUUUGUGUAUGUCUCUAAUGUGUUGCAGACGAUAUUGAAGUUGUGUUUUAUGAGACUGACCCUAGUACUGGCAAGAGGUCAUGGGAAGCUCAAGGAAUCUUCUGUCCCACAGACGUCCAUAGACAGGUGCAGUUUAUUGGCAAAAAGGAUUAUUUGAAAUAGCCUGUUUAUUUAACAUUGAUGAUUAGAGAAAGUAGAUAACAUCUUUAAUAAAUUUUAUUCUCAAUUUGGUUUCAAGGUCCCAAGUUUUUCAACUCGUCAAAUCGUGAAAUUCAAAACAAUGAAAGUAUUGGUUUGUUUGGUAAAAGACGUGAAAAGAACUCGUUCUUUCUUGCCGACAUAUACUCUUGGUUGAGCUACAUGCUUUUUCUUUUCUUUUCGUUAAUUUUGUAAUUCAUUUUUCAUUCAGUACCCUUAAUUCACAUGGUAUAACCCAUAUUCUCGGGAAGCCUGUAGUUCAUAAGCCCAUGUCUUCUAAUAGGCUUCCUUUUAAUUGCCAUUACCAAUAACUUUGAACAUUUGAAAAAUAAUUUAGAAUAGUGUCUAACAUCGUUAAUAUUUUAGAAAUUUAUUGUAUAUUGUGAAUUAAAAAUGGUUGCAUGGUAAAAUAAAUGAAUGAAUGAACUAUUAUAGGUUGCCAUAGUGUUCAAAACGCCUGCAUACUGGAAUGUUGCUACUGAAAGUCCUGUUAAGGUUCAUCUUGAACUGAGGCGGAAGUCAGAUCAGGAAACCAGUGAACCUGUGGAGUUCACUUAUGAACCACAGAUGUUUGGUAGUGAACCAGUGAACCUGUGGAGUUCACUUAUGAACCACAGAUGUUUGGUAUGUGGCUCAGAUUAAGGCAGAGUUCUUCAGCUGUUGAUAACAAAAGUUUUAACAGAGUCAGGGAAAGUUGUUUAAUUGUGUAAAAAAUGAGCUACGAUUUUGAUGGUCAAUAAUUAUUUAUCAUCAUUCAUGUCCUGCAAAGUCAAAUGUGUGGACAUUUAUUUUGCAUUAAAAAGAAAACAUGUGGACAGAAUAAGGUGCGAUUUGCGAUCCAUAACUUACUGCACGGACCAAAAUUCUGCAGCUCUAAAUCUUUUCAUCUCGAAACAAUGAUGAGUAUUAGAACCUUAUAAAUCUAGAUCUGUAAACCCUGAGGACUUGGAUAUUGACUUCGUCCUUCCACACUUUAGCCAGUACCUGUGUUUAUUUGAGAACGAAACUGAUGAAAACAUUUAGCAAAAGGAAAUACUUCUCACGGAGAAAGGCAAAGGAGGCCCUCGAGAAAGCCGCGAAUGUCGCAAGAAUCCCAAAAGUAACAAGAUUUUUUUACUUGCAAUAGAAAAGAUAGGAUAACAAAUAUCGCAAGAUUAGCGAGAGUAAAAAAUUUUUUAAUGAAUAACAAAUUAAGCAAAAAAAAAAAGACCUCUAAAGUUAAAUGGCAAAGAGACCUUUGACAAGGUUGCAACCAACAAGAAUUGCAAAAGAAACAAGAAACUGCUAUGUUUGGAACACUCGGGAGCAUAAUUGACAUUACAUUUGUUAUUCUUGGUAUUCUUACGGUAUUUGUUACGGAGUCUUUCUUGAGAACCAAAAAAAUUCUUGUUACUUUUGCGAUUUUGCGAAAUCUGCUGGCUUCUGACUUCUUCUUUUCCUUUCCUCUUGAUAAGUCGAGAAUUUUGUGAAAUUGGUUAUUCGUGCUAUUCUUGCGAUAUUUGUUACCGCGUCUUUUUUGAUAAGAAGAAAAAUUCUUGUUACUUUCGCGAAAUUUGCGGACUUCUCGGGAGCCUCUUUUGCCUUUCUUUUGUAUAAGACUGAAGUUUUGUCAAAUUUGCUUUUCUUGCUUUUUUUUUACCAUAUUUGCAAGUAAGGGUCUGACAGUAUUUUCUUGCGAAUCGUUUUUUGCUAAAAUUGCGAUUUUUCAAUCCUGGAUAUAUCUCGUGUUUUUUACAAAGAGCAACGAAAGAAAGAUAGAAGUGACCUCGAGCCAGACACAGUGUCCAGUUUCCGAAAUACUCCAGCGUUACAUUGGAGAGCAAAAACUUACAGUGCUCUUAGUGUUCACCGAAUAAGUUUUCAACAUGGUGCAUUUGAUUCCACUUUAACGGAAAACCUUUUAAUGUGAGCCAGUAAAAACUUUUCUUUUUUGACUCCUGUCAAAUGACUGUCAAAUCGUGCGUGUGUCCUGCACUUGUUUCCGGUUCCCCAAACAGGAAGCCAUAUAAUAAACAUCUUAUUAGCCUCGUUUUCUCGUACUUUUUCCAUCGAUUUACGGCCCAAGCGCGAAGCCGGUCCGUAAUUUACAGUACGGACCGAGAACUCGGCCAAUAAAAGGUAUUUAUUCCCCUGAAUGGGGGCAGAACAAGUCACGUCUUUCCUUACAAAAAUGUUAUUGUUGCAGAGUUUAAUUAAUUUGCAGCUGAUUAUCAAACUUUUUAAAGUCAUUUCGGUGAUGAACUCUUUCAAGAAGUGUGGUACAAUAGUUUCAUGUUGAUUAGUUUAUGAUUAAUUUCACAUGCUUCAUGGUUUUUUAUGUGAAUUUUAUAGCCGAAGCUUCCUUAGCGUACUAUAGACAAUAAAAUAGUUUCAUUAUUGAAUGGAAAGAGUUGGUUUUAAUAAGAUGUAAAUAUACUUUUUGUUUUAGACAAAGAGCAGAUUGGUGCUAAAAGACGGAAGGUGAUUGCUCAUUUCUCAGACUAUUUUAAAGGGGGAGACAGUGGCCCAAGCAGCGUCGGUGAUACUGGUGGAGUAGAAGUAUUUGAUAGUUUUGCUUCCUUUGGCUCAGUUCCAGUCCUUGGUUUGACGGAUUUUCAGCCUCGUAAUCAAGGUGAGCUAAACAGUAACUUUUUAUGA